AAAACAUUAGUGUAGUGCAACCUUUUUACUAUUCGAUGAACUUAUGCUGUCAAGAUGGAAAUUGUCGAGACUUUUUAUAAUAAUCCUGAAUAUAUAGAAACUGCAUCUGGUAACAAAGUCAGCAGAUCAUCAGUUCUAUGUGGAAGCCAGAAUAUUGUCAUAAGUGGAAAGAGUAUAAUAAUGACAGAUUGUGUGAUCAGAGGGGAUUUGGCGAAUGUGAGAAUUGGCCGACAUUGCGUAAUAAGCAGAAAAGCUGUCAUCAGACCGCCUUUUAAGAAAUUUAGUAAAGGAGUUGCAUUUUUUCCACUUCACAUUGGUGACCAUGUGUUUAUAGAUGAAGGUUCUAUUGUCAAUGCUGCACAAGUUGGGUCAUAUGUUCAUAUUGGAAAAAACUGUGUAAUUGGUAGGAGAUGUGUACUGAAGGAUUGCUGUGCAAUAGCAGAUAACACGGUACUGCCUCCUGAGACAGUCGUGCCUCCAUUCACCGUGUUCUCAGGAUCUCCAGGCCAUGUGUCAAGUGAGCUGCCUGAAUGCACACAGGAUCUGAUGCUGGACUUCACCAUCAACUACUACAUGAACUUUAAGCCUAUUGGAAAAGGAAAGGGAAAAUAACUCAAAGUGCAAUAAUAGCAGACUAUUACAUUAUUUAUUUAUAUUGUAUGUAUUAUAUUUUUGUGUCUCUGCAAAUCUGGAUGUAGUGGUGGUGGAUUUCAUACUUAUCUCAAAUAGAAAACAUGUACUUGCCUUUAAUUGUUUAAGACAAGUCAGUUAAGUUUCAAAUCUAGUCAAUUAAGUCAAUUAUUUACAGUACAUAUUAGCUGGAGUCACUAAAAUACACAUUAUGAUGUAAUUUUAUAUAUAUAUAUAUGUGAACUUAAUUCCCAUUACUUAUUAAAGCUGGUGAAAGUAGGUAACAUUGCUUCUUCUUAGUCUUCAGAUUAGCACAUUUAUAUUGGGUAAGAGCUAGGCUCCAUCCAAAUAUUCUGUCACAGACUCCAUAUUAUAUUGGGUAAGAGCUAGGCUCCAUCCAAAUAUUCUGUCACAGACUCCAUAUUAUAUUGGGUCAGUACGAAGCUGUGUAACUAAUGGUACCCAACACUAUCUUAAACAUCUUACAUUGGACUCAAUUAAUUAUUAUACCCCCACAAACAAAGUUUAGGGGGUAUAUAGGAGUGAGCUUGUCUGUCGGUCGGUCUGUCUGUCGGUACGUAUUAAGUGUCCGCUCUCUUAUUCAAGUUGUUGUCAUCAGAUCUUCACCAAACUUGGUCAGAUGUUGUAUCUAGAUGAUGUCUAGGUCAAGUUCGAAUAUGGGUCAUGCCAGGUCAAAAACUAGGUCAUGGGGUCACUUAGUGCGUUUUAAACAUUGAGCAUGGUGUCUCCUCUCUCAUUCUAGUAGUUUUCAUCCGAUCUUCACCAAACUUGGUCAGAAGUUGUAUCUAGAUGAUGUCUAGGUCAAGUUUGAAUAUGGGUAAUGCCGGGUCAAAAACUAGGUCACAAGGUCACCGUGUGAAUUUUAAACAUUGAGCAUGGCGUCAGCUGUUUUUUGUGAAGACAACAUGCAAAAUAUUCUGUGUUCAUGCGGCAUGUGGGGGGUAUUAGUCACGUCUGUGACAAAACUCUAGUUUGUUCCUUGAUAACAUGUCAUUGUAUUCGUUAGUUCUGCUUAAAGAUGUCAAUCUGAGAGAGGAUUUAAAGGUUAAGAGCUACAGAAUUUGUGAAAAAGUUAUAUUUUGGUUGAACUUGAAAACCACUCAACUAGCACAAAUCACAAAGUAUAAGCAAAAUCACACAUCAUUUAAUAUAAAAUUAACAAAUUUAACUCCAAAUUUGAUAACUUCAGCCUGUGUCAGUCCCAAAUGGGCUUAUUUAUUAAUAUGUACCCAGUAUACUUGAAGAGUUCUUUUCACAAAUAUUUAUUAAUUUUAAUUCAAUGUCAUUAUAUGCUGUAAAACAUGGAAUUAUAGUUUGUCAACCAAGCUAUCAUGUUGCUUGUGUACUUUUAGUUGUACAGAUUUAUAUUAAAAUUCACAUGACUCUGAUGCUGACAUAAUUCAAGACCUUGAAUUGCUUCAGUUUGACAUUUUCCUGGUUAUACCUUGAGUUAAAGUUUUAAUAUGUUUGGUGUGAUUGUUAUAGCGUUCAGUUCAUCAACUUAAUUUUGAACUCUUAAAUGGCUCUGUUGUCAAUUGUUUUUUUUCUUUCUAUUUGCAUAUGCUCAUUGGUUCAUACAGCACUUAUUUUGCCCAAAUUUUGCAGCUGACAUAAUGCAUGUCUAUGUUAUGUAUUGUAAUUGUAAUAAAGCUAAGACAAAAUGUC